AUGGCUGGGGCAGAGGUGCUGGGCCACCACGGACCCGAAGAUGCUGGGGCAUGCAUGGGGGAUGUCCCCUCCCUUAAAGAAAUCGAGCAGCUCCUGAACACUGGGCGGCCCUCUUGCAACCACGUUGAUGAAGUAUGGCCUAAUCUCUUCUUAGGAGACCUAGUAACAGCUCACAACAGAUUUGUUUUGUGGAAGAUGGGUGUGACUCAUGUUUUAAAUGCUGCCCACAGCACAGCAUACAGCCAUGGAGGCCAGGACUUCUAUGGAGCAACCAUUGAUUACUAUGGUGUACCAGCCCAUGACCUCCCAAGCUUUGAUAUAAGCCAGUUCUUUUUCUCUGCGGCACAAUUUAUCCACAACGCCUUGAACACGCCAGGAGCUAAAAUUUUGGUACAUUGUGCAGUUGGAGUAAGCAGGUCAGCUUCCCUAGUCCUAGCAUAUCUCAUGAUACAUCACCACCUCCCAUUGGUUGAAGCUAUCAAAACAGUGAAGGAACAUCGAUGGAUUUCACCCAAUCGUGGCUUUCUGAAACACCUGCGAAAUUUGGAGGUUAAGCUACGGCAAAAGAAGGACUGCUGA